AUGCAUAUAUACGCUGCCUCUAUUCGUUGCCUGAGCUGUACCGAUGUCUUACAGCCUCGCUAUUGUUCUGGUAUUGAACACUGCCCAGAGGGAGACGCGUGUGUUACUGAAUCUUACAGGAACAGGAAUGGAGAGGUCCUGUUUAACGUUGGAUGUAUGUCUGCAAGGAGAUGUUCCUUGACUAACCAACAAAACCGCUCCACUGCUAUUUUGCGAACAGACAUAAUCGGGACACAUGUUCGUGACGAAUGUAUCGAGUGUUGUCAUGGUGACCUGUGUAACGCCGCCGGUUGUGGUACGGACGGGUUCCCUAAAGAAAGAGGACCAAUAUGUUUAAAUUGUCCACAAUCACGUGAUCCUGACAAUUGUGACGUCAUAUCCGUAUGUCUUCAAGGAGAGGUUUGUCAUGUUGAGGAAAUCUCUAAGUUUGGCGACUUAUUCUACAAAACCAGCUGUGUAAGAGAAACUGAUUACCAGUGCACCUCUUCUCCCAUGUAUAAUCCAGUGGAGAUUGGCAGGCGGUCUACUGGAAACUGUUUUUUCUGCUGCCCAGAUGAUCUCUGCAACAUACAAUGUCGCAAUACCACAUUAUCUUCGCAAUUUACAACACCUUCGACUACAAUCAUCCCGAUUACCAAUAAAAACAUUACCUUAUCACCAACAGCUGUACAGUGUACAACACCAGAGCCAACACAUCACAGUUUCAAAGGAAAGGAAUUCUUUUUAAUGUUCCUGCAAAAUUAUAAAUUUCAAUCAACCCUCAGUGUUACUGUAACAUGCAGUGCUCAAAACGCUGUAAUUCAAAUAGCGACAAGUGACAAUUCGACUUCCAUAGAUAUCUCAGGUUCAGCGAAACAGAUUGACUUAGAUUCCAACCUGCUGCUGGUGGAAAACGGCAAGUCAAGUAGAGGGGUCAUUGUGACCUCUAAUUCAACAAUGUCUGCUACAGCAUUCAAUUCAUACUCUUGUUGUUCAGCGGAGGGUUACGCAGCCCUGUCGAUAGAGAAUCUUGAUAACGUCUAUAUUGUAGGGACACCUAAUCCAAAUACUGGCUCGUAUUCACAAUAUGGAUCUCAGUUCGCUGUAGGAGCUCCAUAUGAUAACACCAUAGUUAAUAUUACGCUGAGUACGCCUGGUGUGUUUGUACAAGGCCAGUAUUACAGAAAGGACGACACUAUUACCGUUGUUCUGAACAAAUUAGACACGUUCUAUAUAGAGAACACCUCCGAUGACCAGGAAUUAACCGGUACACGUAUUGUUAGUAAUAAACCAGUAGCAGUUGUAUCUGGUAAUAUCUGUUUAGAAUACAAUGGAUGCAACCAUGUCGUAGAAUAUCUACCUCCGGUAUCAAAAUGGGGAUCAAAGUUCAUAGUACCACCUUUCAAAGGCAGUAACAGUGGAUACAUAAGGAUCAUUGCUUCGUACAAUAAUACAAGUGUCAUUGUAUUGUCUGGCACUUUAAACCACACAUACAAGAUCUCAGAUUUUAUAGAUAUUGAUAUCAAUCCCUCACAACCGUCCGCCAUCUCUAGUGAUAAACCUGUACUUGUCCUAUUGAUAUUUCAUCAAGUCGACAUCGCCAUGUCAGUGAUUCCAUCCUUAAACCAGUUCUCUGGUGAACCUGUGUUGAUUUCUCCUCCUACAGAUCUUAAUAGCAAGUUGAACAAUACCUUUGUCGUCAGUGUCCGCUCAUGUGACCAAUUUGGUCUACAGAUCCGCUGUGGGAACUCGACGAACUUGUCUCCUUCUGAAUCUGUGAAUUACACGGAUGUUGACGGUGAGGUGUUCAGUUUUUUUACAUUCAACUAUAACAACAACCAGACAUGCUCUGUUCAGCAUACCAACAGCAACGUGUUUAGUGUUACGAUAUACGGACAGGGAAAUUAUGAAGCUUACGCAUAUCCUGUAAACCUUAUGUUGUAG